UGAUAUUGUCUUUUCCUUCCCUACAUACUGACACAGUGACACUGUCAUAUUUAUCAAUGCUGAUUGAGAGUCUUUUCAAAUCACUCGGACAUUACGUCAGCCACGGUCGUUUACAUGACGCCUUCAAGGCAUUUUCUCUCAUUCGUCUUCAGUCUUCUUCAAGUGAUCUCCUUUUGCAAUCCGCAGCUUCUCUUUUAUCCGCCUGCGUCGAUGUUCGUUCAUUUUCGUCAGGGCUGCAGAUUCACGCUCACUGUGUCUCCUCUGGUGUUGAAUAUGACUCUGCUUUAGUCCCAAAGCUGGUUGCUUUUUACUCUUCCUUUAACCUCCACAGUGAAGCUCAGUCAAUUAACGAGAACUCAGGCAUUUUGCUUCCCUUGCCUUGGAAUGUACUCAUCGUUUCGUAUGCCAAGAACCAGCUUUUCGAGGAGGCUAUUGCCGCUUACAAGAGAAUGAUGAGGAAGGGAAUUACACCCGAUGCCUUCACUUAUCCCUCUGUUCUCAAGGCAUGUGGUGAAACACUGGAUUUUGAAUCUGGAAGGGUGGUUCAUGGAUCUAUCGAGGUUAGCUCUCACAAGGGUAGCGUGUAUGUCUGCAAUGCGUUGAUCUCUAUGUAUAAAAGGUUUGGAAACGUGGGUGUUGCUAGGAGGUUGUUUGAUAUGAUGUAUGAAAGAGAUGCUGUCUCGUGGAACGCAGUGAUAAGCUGUUAUGCCUCGGAAGGCAUGUGGAGUGAAGCGUUUGAGCUUUUCGAUCAGAUGUGGUUUUCAGGCGUAGAAGUCAGUGUCAUAACUUGGAAUAUUGUUUCUGGAGGCUGUUUGCAAACAGGAAACUAUCAAGGAGCUUUGGGUUUGGUCUCUAGGAUGAGAAGUUUCCCCACGGGGUUAGAUCACGUGGCUGUGAUUAUUGGCUUGAAGGCUUGCUCGCUUUUAGGAGCAAGACAGUUGGGGAAAGAGAUUCACUGUCUUGCAAUUCGCUGUUCUUACGAUGGGAUUGACAACGUUCGAAACACGGUGAUCACAAUGUACUCUAAAUGCGACGACUUUAGGCACGCCUUUAUAGUGUUUCAACAGAGUGAGGACAAGAGUUUGAGUACUUGGAACUCUAUCAUUGCCGGCUAUGCGCAAGCGAAUAGAUCAGAAGAAGCUUCUUACCUUUUCAGGGAGAUGAUGCUCCACGGCCUGCAUCCAAAUUCCGUUACGCUUGCAAGCAUUCUCCCUCUUUCUGCUCGGGUUGCAAACCUGCAACACGGGAGAGAGUUCCACUGCUACAUCCUGAGGCGCGAGUGCUUCAAGGACUAUACAAUGCUAUGGAACUCUCUCGUAGAUGUUUAUGCAAAAUCAGGAGAAAUUGUAGCUGCACAGCGAGUAUCUGAUUCGAUGAAGGAAAGAGACGAGGUAACAUACACUUCCUUGAUAGAUGGAUAUGGAAAUCAAGGUGAAGGGAGAGUUGCAUUGGCCCUGUUCAACGAGAUGACCACAUCCGGUAUUAAACCUGACCAUGUAACCAUGGUUGCUGUUCUGUCUGCAUGCAGUCAUUCCAAGUUGGUCCAUGAAGGCCAGAGGCUGUUUACGAAGAUGCAGCGUGAGUAUGGCAUACGUCCUUGUCUUCAACACUUUUCUUGUAUGGUUGAUCUCUAUGGUAGAGCGGGUCUCCUGGGAGAAGCCAGGGAUGUGAUUCAAAGAAUGCCGUGUGAGCCGCCCAGUGCCAUGUGGGCUACUUUGCUAAACGCUUGCCACAUCCACGGGAACACAGAGAUUGGUGAAUGGGCGGCGGAAAAGCUCCUGGAGAUGAAGCCUGAGAAUCCGGGGUACUAUGUGUUGCUUGCGAAUAUGUACGCAGCUGCUGGCUCUUGGAGCAAGCUUGCUGAAGUGAGGAUUUUUAUGAGGGACUUGGGUGUGAAAAAGGCUCCUGGGAGUGCUUGGAUUGACACAGGUUCUGGGUUUAUACUGUUCUCAGUGGGGGACGCAUCAAGCCCUCGAGCGUGUGAGACAUAUCCUCUGUUAGAUGGUCUGAAUCAGCUGAUGAAAGACGUUGCUGGUUGUGCCAUCAAUGACGAGCAGAGUUCAGAUGAAGAACUUCUUCAAGAAGUAGGAUGAAAAUGAUGGAGGAUAAAUCAUGGACAUUAAUGGUGGCGUUGAGUUGGAGACUGCUUCAGACGCUAAUGUCAGAGCCGUUUUGGACACAAUCUCCUUGGCCGUCUCCAACGCACCAGCUGCCUUUGCAGACGAUUUACGUACAAGAUGGGAACAGUUGCCACCGUGAACGAGUGACUGUUGUUGGCUUGAAGACUUUGUUUCCGGGGAGGAGGAAGAUCGUGGGCGGGACGAGUAACGGAGACACCAAAGAAGAGAUGAUAGAAGCAGUGAAGCUUAACAUGAGGUAUCCUGGUCCCACGUGUCGGUCCUCUGUUCCUGAUGAUGCCGAAAUGUUAAUUCCCCAGUGGCCGGGAUUCAAACUCAGGUGGCGGUACUCACAGCUUUACAUUUAAAUUUGUGGAUGGCACAAGUACUACGUACCAACUUAAUGGUAUGUAAAAGAAAAUUGUAGAUGAAGAUCAAGCAAGAUUAUAGUCGUUCGUAAUAUUUAUUUUGUAAGAAUUUAUUAAGCAAGCCGCAUCAUAAUUCCAUCAGAAACGAUCAGCAAUUUGAGGAAAUUUCCUGAGCAGCCAGGCAACUCCUUUGACAG